UGGAUGAGAGGUUCGUUGCACGUUUAACGUCAGUAGUUCGAACUACCUGGCGUUUACCUGCUGUCAGGUCGUGUUUCCGUCAUGUUUGGGAGUCACGGAAUUCAACCCGUCACUGUCGUGUUUAACAACAGUAAAAACUGCUUUCUUCAGCUGCCGUCGAAGUUGAUUUCACAACUCUCCCUCCGCGAGAAUCAGGUUGUUGAACUUUCCUGGAGCAAUGCAUCGCCAGUCUUCCUCAGCUGGACUCCGAACAGAAGCUCCUCAAGCUACUACUCGAAUGAAGUGGAGCUGUCUCGACAGCUGGGAGAGAAGCUGGGCCUUCAAGAAGGAGAGCAUGGCUUUCUGAAACCAUGUUAUCAGGUCUCAUCAGUGCAUCAAGUGCACGUGGAGCCUCUGUCGUCAGACGACUGGGAGAUAUUGGAGCUUCACAGUUCUGCACUAGAGCAGCAGCUGUUGAAUCAAAUCCGGGUGGUGUUUCAGAACGCUGUGUUCCCUGUGUGGGUAGACAGCCACACAGUCAUCUACAUCCAUAUAGGAUCACUGUCACCCUCCGUACCGUACGGUCACCUGGAACAGUUCACAGAGCUUGUCGUGUCCCCCAAAACCCGCUCUGAUGUUGCAGCGGGACGAUUGCAGAGUCCUCUUUCCCGACCAGACUUUGUCUCUCCUUCAGAAAGUGUUCCAUCGAGUCAGCAGUGGGGUGGAAUUGCUGACCUGAAAAGCUUUGUGCGCUACAUGUUCAAAAGUACUCAUGAGCCGGAAACAGAGAUGCCAGCCGUUCCCCAAAUCCCAUCCAUCCUCAGGGAUUCUCUCCACAGAGUGUGUGGCUCCCCGCCUUCCUGUCUGCGCACCAUGAGCCAUGUUGCCACAGAUGUCCUCCACUUGUUUUCUCCCAGACAGCCACAUAAUAAUGGCCUUGCAGGUGCUCAGUCUUUAGUGACAUAUGGAUUGAUUUCCAAAGUUCCCUCCCCGAGAGAAGUGAAGGGGAAAACAAAGCUGGCUCAGGAAAAGAAGAAAACUUCAGUGGCUGAAGAUACUUCAACAGCAGAUGCACAAGCAGAGGGAGAGGUAGAGGGACAGGUGGUCCGGGUAAUCAGUCACGGUUUGGAUUAUUCGGGAGGAAACCAUGGAAGCCAUUGCAAGAGCUCUGUCUGUAGCGGUGAAGUCUGGAUCCCAGAUCUUUUGGCAAAAAGACUGAACAUUGUUCCACAUUCAAUAGUCAGAAUCAAACCGGUCAAAUCAGAAGUAAAAGUCGCCACCUCUGUUCACCUUCAGCCGUUGAAGCCUUUGCUCGAGGAGGACGACGAGGAGAUCCAGACGGUGUUCCUCAGCUGGCUGCACAAUCAGAGUCAUGAACCUUUGGUCUGUUUGACUCCGCGGUCUGGCACCAUCCUUCUACAUGGAGCAGAUGCCAAGGCAGAGUUUGCUGUUACUGUUGUGAAUCCGGCAGACGAGCAGGAAGCUUCUGACCAGCUGUUCCUACUGGCCCCUUCUGUUCUGCAGAAGAAAGACGUACAGGUGGCCAGAGAGCCCUUAACGUCACCUACUGAAGCUCCUCAAGAUGAAGCAGAGGACCUCGAGCUUCCGUCUGUCAACACGCUCGGUGGGAUUAAUGAGCUCAGCGAUGCAGGGGCUGAGUUUAUCUCUCAUAGUCUUCUCGGGAGUCCUUUAUCCAGAGAGCUCUGCACUGCCGGCGUGGGCCUCCGCGCCGGGGCUCUUCUCAUCACUGGUCCCAAGGGAAGUGGAAAGAGCACUCUCUCCCGAGCGCUGUGCAGGAAUGCAAAAGAAACUCUUGAUUCCCACGUGGAGAUAGUCGACUGCAAAAAGUUACAAGGCAAGAGGGCAGAAACCGUCAGACAGCUGCUGCGGGAUAUUUUUGCUCAAGCGCAGUGGAAGCAGCCGUCUGUUGUUCUCCUGGAUGACUUGGAUCAGAUGGCGGGGGCAGCGACCUCCCCGGAGCACGAGCUGGGCCCCGAAGCUCUGCUCCAUCUGCACAUCGCUCAAAGUUUGAGGGACGUGGUGGAUGAGCUGGUGGUUCACGGCAGCCUGGUGUGUCUGAUCAUCACCAGCCUGAGCGAGCACUCGCUGCACCCCUCGCUCACCGAGGUGCAGGGGUCCCACUUCAUUCAGCGCUUUGUCCACCUGAAGACACCGGACCAGGCUCAAAGAGCCGAGGUUCUACGCUGCAUGAUCCUCAGGAGGUCUGGCGUAUCUGAGGAGACCCUGAGGAGUCUGGACCUGCCCACUGUUGCUAAGGAGACGGAAGGCUACCUGCCUCGAGAUCUGGGUCUGCUGUUGGAGCGGGCCAUUCAUGCCAACGCUGCGCACAGAGCUCACAGUGAUAACGCUUUGUGUCUCUCGUUGAGGGACUUUGAACAAGCCAUUAAGGGCUUCACGCCGCCCUCACUGUGGGGGGUCGACCUCCACACCCCGGGCGGAGUUGGACUGGAGCGAGUUGGAGGUCUGACUGAAGUGCGGCAGCAGUUAAUGGACACCAUCCUGCUGCCUGCGAAGUACCCCGUCCUCUUUGCCAACCUCCCCAUCCGCCACCGCUCUGGCGUCCUGCUGUACGGAGCUCCGGGCACUGGGAAGACCCUGCUAGCCCGAGCUGUGGCCAAGGACAGUGGCAUGAACUUCAUCAGCAUCAAGGGUCCGGAGCUCUUGAGCAAAUACAUCGGUGCAAGUGAGCAGGGGGUCCGAGACGUCUUCCAGAGAGCACAAGCUGCAAAGCCAUGCAUCUUAUUCUUCGAUGAGUUCGACUCUCUGGCGCCCAGGAGGGGUCAUGACAGCACAGGCGUGACCGACCGGGUGGUCAACCAACUGCUGACUCAGCUGGAUGGUGUGGAGGGGCUCCAGGGAGUGUAUGUGCUCGCCGCCACCAGUCGUCCAGAUCUCAUCGACCCGGCCCUGCUGAGACCCGGACGCUUGGACAAGUCUCUCUACUGCCCGCCCCCUGACCUGGACGCGCGUCUGGAGAUCCUGAAGGCUCUCAGCGCCGGCGUUCCGCUGGCUCCAGAUGUGGACCUGGAGCAGCUGGCAGCAGCGACUGAGAAGUUCACCGGAGCAGACCUGAAAGCUCUGCUCUACAACGCUCAACUGGAGGCCGUCCACUGCAGCCUGGGCUCUCCUCAUGAUCCAGCGGGUGCUUCUGACUGCGAGAUGAGUCUGUCCUCCAUGAUGUUCCCAAACCACAGCAGCGGCUCGGAUGAUUCGGCGGGAGAUGCGGAGGGCGGCUCGGCUCUGGAGCAGUCCAUGGUGCUAGUGGAGAACGAGGAGCUCCACAGCGAGCGGCCGCACAGCAGGAAUGUCUGGAGGCUGUACUUCGGAAGCUCCUACGAGUCGGAGUCGCCAGUUUCAGGAUCGAACUCCCACUGCGCUUCUGGACCCAGUUCUAUCAACCAGGAGUGUGCAGCGACGGUUCGAGAGCCCGGUCGGUUACUGCCGCCCGUGUACAUGUCUUCUCUCCGGGGUGGAGUGGAGGAGCUGAGCCCGGAGCAGCUGGAGCGACUCAGACAAGACACUGACACCAUCAGGAAGAGCCACAGCCGAGGGAAGGACCUGAGCCUCCACACGCGCCCGGCCUCCAGCCAGCCCCGUCUGUCGCUGGCUCCUGCUCACUUGGACGCAGCCCUGGUUCUGACCCGACCGUCGCUCAGCGCCGCCGACUGGAGAAGAUACCAAAAGCUGUACGAGUCGUUUGGAGGAUCAGAAGGCAGAAACUCCUCCCCGCCGGUCACAUUUACACCUGGAGCUCAUGUGACUUUAGCUUAGCACUGAGUCACAGCCACAGAACUAACUCACCUGUUGACUAGGGACGUGACUAGUCGGACGUCACUGGUUUCCAUUUUAAAUGGCUUGUGGAAAAACUAAAAUGAAGAUUCCACUGUAAAUUGUAAAUGUAAUUAAUUUUAAUAAAUGUUUGUCUAUGUUUGUGUCACUGUGCUUUAAUGUUUAAAAGAAUGAAGACAAAAUGGAGUUGAACCUUUUCUACCUGAAAAUUGAAAAUAAAA